GCGUAUCGAUACGCCCGGUGCACUCCAACUCAAUUCUCAACCCUAAUCGCUAAAAUCCCUCCUCUCAGUUGAGAUUAUUUUUGAAACAGAAACGCUCCAGCCGUCAGCGACGAACAAUCCGCCCAUCUCAACCAUUUUUCGACGCCGUCUUCCCGCCAUAUACAUAUUGCUCAUCAUUGCAAUGAUUCAGACUGGUAAUAUUUUUUACAGGCCUAGGGAAAAACAAGCCCAGGCAGAUCAGAAGAGAGCCAAGUUUUUCCAGCCAGAGGGAGAUCAUCUGACUUUACUUGCAGUCUAUGAGGCAUGGAAAGCUAAGAAUUUUUCAGGGCCAUGGUGUUUUGAGAAUUUUGUUCAGUCUCGAUCCUUGAGGAGGGCACAGGAUGUCAGAAAACAGCUUCUCAGCAUCAUGGACAAGUAUAAACUAGAUGUUGUCAGUGCUGGAAAGAAUUUUACAAAGAUCAGGAAGGCAAUUACAGCAGGGUUUUUCUUCCACGGUGCUAGAAAGGACCCGCAGGAGGGUUAUAGAACCCUAGUGGAGAACCAACCAGUUUAUAUACACCCAAGCAGCGCCCUCUUCCAGAGACAACCAGAUUGGGUGAUCUACCAUGAGCUGGUUAUGACCACAAAGGAGUACAUGCGCGAGGUGACGGUCGUCGACCCCAAAUGGCUUGUGGAACUGGCACCCAGGUUCUUCAAAGUGGCAGAUCCCACCAAGAUGAGCAAGCGCAAGCGUCAAGAACGUAUUGAACCGCUAUAUGAUAGAUACCAUGAACCUAACUCUUGGCGUCUUAGUAAGCGACGUGCUUGAUAUGUGUGUCAUCUGCUGCUUUUGGUAUUUCUGUAUGGAUUCAAUGUGAAUAUCUUGUAAUUACUUGAGCUAAUUUUUGACAUGACGUGCACAAAAUUUGUGUGGCUUCAUUACUUUUUAACAUCCUCGUGAAAUUCCUUCAACGUCGCAAUAAGGGCGUCAUCAAUUGCUUAUUUUCGUUACUGCAAGCAAGCUGGGGGUAGAAUCUGUUGUGUAAUUUAAAAGCUAUUUUAUUUCUUGAUUUCUACUUUAGGAGAUAUUAGCUGUUCUGUUCUCUGGACAAUGAAUUGUUAGGAAAUGAAGGAAUCAUAGUGUAUUCUUGAA